AUAAAACUUAUUUCUCAGCUUUUUUAAUGUAUUUUAUAUUUCCCCUUUGAGCAAGAAAAGAGUUGCAGAGAUCUUUGAGUCUGACACAGAGAGACCAAACUCACAUAACAAUCACACACACAUCUCCACAAACAUAGCUUGAGAUGAUCAUGAAACACGUGCAUCCUCAGAUCUCUAUCAAUCCAGCUUGGUGAAACAAGAAAAUCAAGAAUUGAAAGAUAAUCAAAGAUAACGACGCCGUUUCAUUCGUGACAGUAUACUACUAAUAUUAUUAUAGAUGGCUGCUUACUUCCACGGGAACCCACCGGAGAUCUCAGCCGGAUCCGACGGUGGUCUACAAACGUUGAUCCUCAUGAAUCCUACGACUUACGUUCAAUACACCCAAGCAGACGACGACUCGAACAACAACAAUAACAACAGCAACAACAACAACAACAACAACAACAACACGAACACAAACAACAGCAGUUUCGUUUUCCUCGAUUCACACGCGCCGCCGCCUAACGCGAGCCAGCAGUUCGUCGGAAUACCACUCUCUGGCCACGAAGCUGCUUCCAUUACAGCCGCCGACAACAUCUCCGUACUUCACGGUUACCCUCCGCGCGUGCAAUACAGUCUUUACGGUAGUCACCAAGUGGAUCCCACUCACCAGCAAGCCGCGUGUGAGACGCCACGCGCGCAGCAAGGCCUCUCUUUAACCCUCUCGUCUCAGCAGCAGCAGCAACAGCAACAUCAUCAUCAACAACACCAGCCUAUCCACGUCGGCUUCGGGUCCGGACCUGGAGAAGAUAUCAGGGUCGGGUCUGGCUCUACGGGAUCGGGGGUAACAAACGGAAUUGCCAAUCUUGUAAGCUCCAAGUACUUGAAGGCAGCGCAAGAGCUUCUUGACGAAGUAGUCAACGCUGAUUCUGACGACAUCAACGCUAAAUCCCAACUGUUCUCUUCGAAAAAGGGGAGUAGUGGAAACGAUAAGGCUGUCGGAGAAUCCUCUGCCGGCGCUGGAGGAGAAGGUUCCGGUGGCGGAGGAGAAGCAGCCGGUAAACGUACGGUGGAGCUAGGCACCGCAGAGAGGCAAGAGAUACAGAUGAAGAAAGCAAAGCUUAGUAACAUGCUUCAUGAGGUGGAGCAGAGAUAUAGACAGUACCACCAACAGAUGCAGAUGGUGAUCUCGUCUUUUGAACAAGCGGCAGGGAUAGGGUCAGCCAAGUCAUACACGUCGCUUGCACUGAAGACCAUAUCAAGACAGUUCCGGUGCUUGAAAGAGGCCAUCGCUGGUCAGAUAAAAGCGGCCAACAAGAGUCUUGGAGAGGAAGAUUCGGUGUCUGGAGUUGGAAGGUUUGAAGGGUCAAGACUCAAGUUUGUGGACCAUCACUUGAGACAGCAAAGAGCUCUUCAGCAGCUGGGAAUGAUUCAACAUCCUUCCAAUAAUGCUUGGAGGCCUCAACGUGGUCUCCCCGAACGAGCCGUCUCAGUUCUCCGUGCUUGGCUCUUCGAACACUUUCUUCACCCAUACCCUAAGGAUUCGGACAAACACAUGCUAGCCAAGCAAACAGGACUCACUCGGAGCCAGGUAUCGAACUGGUUUAUAAACGCUAGAGUUCGGUUAUGGAAACCGAUGGUGGAAGAGAUGUAUAUGGAGGAGAUGAAGGAGCAGGGAAAGAACAUGGGAUCCAUGGAGAAGACUCCUUUGGAUCAAAGCAACGAAGAUUCUGCUUCUAAAUCAACAAGUAACCAAGAGAAGAGCCCCAUGGCCGACACUUACCAUAUGAAUCCCAAUCACAACGGUGACCUAGAAGGUGUCACCGGAAUACAAGGAAGCCCAAAGAGACUAAGAACUAGCGAGGAAACAAUGAUGCAGCCCAUAAAUGCGGAUUUUAGCUCCAACGAAAAGCUCACGAUGAAGAUUCUAGAAGAACGUCAAGGGAUCAGAUCAGACGGUGGCUACCCUUUCAUGGGAAAUUUCGGGCAAUACCAAAUGGAUGAGAUGUCAAGAUUUGAUGUAGUCUCAGACCAGGAGCUCAUGGCGCAAAGAUACUCAGGGAACAACAAUGGCGUAUCUCUCACGUUAGGGUUACCUCAUUGUGAUAACUUGUCGUCCACGCACCAUCAGGGUUUCAUGCAGACCCACCAUGGGAUUCCUAUAGGGAGAAGAGUGAAAAUAGGAGAAACAGAGGAAUAUGGAGCCGCCGCCAUCAACGGUGGCGGAUCUGCCGCAACUGCACAUUCAUCAGCCGCAGCAGCCGCUGCUUACAAUGGGAUGAACAUACAGAACCAGAAGAGAUAUGUGGCUCAGUUAUUGCCCGACUUCGUUGCUUAAACCUACACACUUCUAUCUAAAAGGAGAAACCGAAACAGGUUACUAUACGUUUCUAGUUUUUAAUUAGUAUAUAGUUUUUCUUAUACCAUUGAACCAAAACAAAGAACAAAAUUUAAUUUUAGUCUUUGGUUAUAUAUGGCCGACGGUUGUAUAUCGAUUUUGUAAUUUUUUUUUUUCUAUUGGGGGAUGGAUAGGGUUAUAUAUGUAUAUGGAUUAGUUACGUGUAAUAGCUUGCUUUUGGGUGUAUACCAAAAUAUAUUUUACUUUUAUUUCAAUGUAAUAAUAAGAUAGUGAACUGAUCUAUCAAAUAUAUUACGAUAA